ACUGCGGUACACAGAUAAACUGCGGUAGUCGGAGUUCGUAGGUGGAGGGUGGUGGACGUCUGGUUAUGCUAGAAAACGUACGGAAACACCAACAUUGGCUUAGAGGUGAAAAUGUGUUUAAAUUCAGGUACAAAUAAUGCAGCACAGAGAACUCGUAAUGGUGUUGUUGACUAAUGUCAUGAUUAUUUCCAAUGAAGUGAAGGUGGUCAAGAGGUGUGUGUUGUGAUGAUGCAUAGAGACAGGAUGAAACCUAAGUACGCUCUAGAGGACUACAUAUACGAGAUGGAAUCUCGUAGUCUGGAGCCGUCCGCCGAUCCCGAGGAUCUAGACGUGUACGCUCAACUUCAGCUGAAAGAAAAGGAUCUUAUUCUUGCCGCAGAACUUGGAAAGGCGCUCCUCGAGAAAAAUGAGGAGCUCAGCCGGCAAAAUGAGAAAAUAGCUGAAGAUUAUUCACAGAAAGUUGAGAACUGGGUCACGUCUCAGCAAAUUCAGCGUUGUAAAUUGCAUCAUUCAAAAUGACGCCAUAUGAUCAGUGAAGUAGCCGAAUAUGGAAUUAUAUGCCGUUUUGUGAAACUGUCAGCCUAAUUCGCGUUUGUUUAUUGAUUACACUGAUUAUUCAACAAUAAUAAUUAAAGAAAGAACGAAGCAAAAAUUAUGGACAUCAGCCUACAUUUAAAUGUUGAACACAACAAAACAGUAUCUCAAAAAUCAUGAACUUGGCCUAUGCUGAUGUAGCUUUUAAAAUCUUUAAAUGAAUAUUUCGCCAGUUGGCCUACCAACAAAGGGAAUUAUUCGAAAAUACCUCAGU